AUGCUCUUGGGCCGCCGACUGGCAUGGCCUUCAACGCUCCUCUACCUAUGUCUAGCAGCUCUGGGGUCACAAUCUGAGCGUUUCACCGAGAAACUCACCAUCAACUCGUUGCAAGAUGGCAAGGUCGCGUCGAAGUUCACGUUUACGACCCUAUUGAAGGGUGCAUCUCCACGAGACCCCCAAAAGCUAGAUGGAGAGGAUGAAUCACAACACUAUACCCUCUUUCCUCUAGCUCUCGGCCAGAUUCUACGAGAGCACGGCGUGACGGAGCUCCAUUUGACCUUGAAUGCGGGAAACUGGAACUACGACCGGUGGGGCUACCCGGAAGAGACUGGGGUGGGCACUGGCGCUGAAUUGUGGGCGUGGAUGGGGGAUGGAGCGUCAAAAACAGUGGACGAGCGCUGGAAAGGGCUCAGAAAUGCGCUCGCAGGCCUCUUCUGCGCAUCCCUGGGCUCCCUAGAUGACUUGCGAACAACGUCUCCGGCGGAAUCUUUCGUUCCCGAGGGGUCCCUUCCUCGAUGGGACGCGCCUCAUCAAAUCCGCCACGCGUCUCUCCCGUCGGAGCAUGUGUGCACAGAAAAUCUGACACCGUUUCUCAAACUCCUGCCGUGCAAGUCGCUCUCUGGGAUUGCCAGCCUGUUGAACCCGCAUCGCCUGUUUGACGCCGACUGGCACGGGAUGGGGGUCCAUGUGGUUUGGCACGAAGGUGAAGGCGUCGAGGUUAGGCUUACCUUCCAGGCGGUGUUAGAUCCCCUCCGGUCACUCCUGGGGAAGAAGCAAGAUUGGUCAUUCCAGUCUUUGUACGACCGAACUAUUCACCGUGGGUGCCCAGUCGCGCAGUCGAGUGAAGUGGUUGCGUCACUGCCGACAAAUGCCGUCUACGCCAUUCAGCCUGAGCCGCACCUAGUCGAACGCAAUUUGGCUGUAUAUGAUGUCAAUACAGCCGACAAACCUCUGAACAUCAGACUAAUUUGGCCGGACCCUUUUACAUAUCCGCUCGAGUAUCAUUCUGAUUCUGUGCCAUUCUCUGUCAGACGAACGCUGAGAGGCUCGAGUCAGGCCUGGGGUCAGCUCUCGGUCGUGAUAACCAAUCAUAGGUCCACGGAGGUGAAGACACUAUAUCUGGAGACAAUGCCAUGGCUGGUGCAGUUCUAUCUUCAUACAAUCCAGACCCGAGUAAACGGCGUAGUCAAUGAUGGAGUGUUGUCCAAUCUGACAUAUAUCCCUUCUGUUCCACAUUCUCGGCCGACGACCUUCCAGGUCUUGCUAACACUUCCACCGAAAUCGACCGUCGAGAUCACCAUGGAGGUUACGAAAGCCUUCCUCAGGUACACUGAGCACCCGCCAGACGCCCAACGCGGAUGGGACCUACCCCCGGCUGUAUUCACUCCCGUCGAAGUGACGAAGAAUGGCUCUUAUUCGCCUCCGCUUGGGGGUCGAAUAUAUUCCUCAACUCUCUUGGUCGAUCUGGCGACUCCUGACUUCAGCAUGCCGUACAAUGUCAUCAUCUUCACCUGCUCGGUCGUUGCUUUCAGCUUUGGCAGCAUCUUCAACAUCUUGACACGAAAAUUCGUCGUUUUGAGGUUCCCUCCAGACAAUGCGCUAUAA